AUGACAUUGUCACAGAAUAAGGUGAUGCAUGUACAGCUACCAGAGCUAAGUGGUCACUCACGCAAGGUAUACGCACUGGGAUUUAACUGUGAUGGAUCGAUGCUAGCGUCAGGAUCCAAUGAUCGUAGUAUUCGUAUCUGGAACCCUCUCACCGAGCGAGAGUUGAUGGAGAUGAGAGGUCACUUGGACUCGAUCUUGUCUCUGGCAUGGGACCCUAUGACGCCCCACCGCCUUGCCAGCACGAGCGCCGACAAGACCGUCCGCUUCUGGGACGCCAAGACUGGCCGUAUCGUCAAUAGCGUGUCAUUACCCAGCGAUGCUGUUAACAUCGCAUACAGUCAUGACGCCAAGUACGUUGUGGUGGGCAAUCUAGACUGCAUUACGCUCAUUGAUACGCGCAAAGCGCGCGUCGUGAGACGGGUAGUGAACCCUUUUGAGUCGUUUGAGAUGCAGUUCAGCAAGUCCGGCUUCCUGUUCGUCGCAGCUGGUCAUGCGGCCGGUUUUGGCACCUUUGAGAUCAUGCGAGUGGUUACUGAGAAAAAGGGAAAUCCUAAUCUGAUUAGCGCGCACAAGGUUACUGCACAUGCGGGAAGCUGCGUUUGCUUGGACUUGCACCCGUCGGGAAGAUACUUGGCUUUAGGCGGUGUGGACUCGCUCGUGAGCCUUUGGGACUUGGAGGAGCUCUACUGCACCAAAACGUUUGUUGUCACAACAUCGGGCAUUCGGUUUGUUCGCUUUAAUCACGACGGCAAUUUCUUAGCAAUUGGCAUGGACGACCCCAAUUUGAUUGUGUUGGACGCAGCAAGCGGCGAGGUAGUCAUCAAUCUGCAGCUUCAAAACACCCUACAGAACUUGAGCUGGCAUCCUAGCAAAAACCUGUUGGCUUACGUUGGUGACAAGGCUUUGAGUGAAAAAAACGCCAACCGCGAUGGUGUAAUCAAAAUGAUCGAGAUAAAGGAGUAG